AUGGUUGUGGAAUGUGUUGACAUGACUGUCUGUGUUACAUCUAAUCUAGUAGUUGAAUACAAUUUAACCGUUAUGGUAACAGUGGUAAAAGAGCUACGUGUCCUACCACUUCCAUUAAUCUUUAACGGUAAUUCUCCCCAGGUAUUGAAUAUAAGAAGUCUGUAUAGUAAAGAAGUGAUAUAG